AUGGCUUCUGGAGGGUUGGACGAGUCUACUAAACAAACCUUGAAGAAAAUUCCGUUGAUGAAAACAAAAGCAGGGCCAAGGGAUGGUGAUCUGUGGCUUCAAAGGCUUAAAGAAGAAUUCGAAGCUUUGAUUGCUUUUAUAAAUCACAACAAGGAGUCUGAUUCCGACUGGUUUCGUUUAGAAAGCAAUUCUGAUGGAACAAAAUGGUUUGGCAAAUGUUGGCAUUACCACAAUAUGUUGAGAUAUGAAUUUGAUGUUGAAUUUGACAUUCCGGUUACGUAUCCUACUACGGCACCUGAGAUUACUUUACCCGAACUUGAUGGUAAAACGGCAAAAAUGUACAGGGGCGGUAAGAUCUGUUUAUCCGAUCAUUUUAAGCCGUUAUGGGCUCGAAAUGUCCCGAAGUUUGGUAUUGCGCAGGCGUUCUCAUUGGGUUUGGGCCCGUGGCUUGCUGUUGAAGUUCCUGAGCUUGUUUCUAGAGGUGCAAUACAACCAAAACAAACAGAAGCAAGUUGA